AUGGCGAACCUCCACUUUGCGCACUCGGAUGCGCCCCUGAAGAUCGUAGAGGAGAUCCAGUUUGGUCUUCUCUCGCCUGAGGAAAUCAAGAACAUGAGUUGCGCCCACAUCAUGUAUCCCGAGACGAUGGAUGAGACUCGAACAAAGCCGCGUCAGAAUGGAUUGAACGACCCUCGCUUAGGCUCUGUGGAUCGUCAAUUCAAAUGUGGCACUUGCUUGGAGGACAUGAAUGUGUGUCCCGGUCACUUUGGUCACAUUGAGCUGGCAAAGCCUGUCUACCAUCCCGGGUUCAUCAAGAAGGUCAAGAAGAUCCUGGAGAUGGUCUGCCAUAAUUGCAGCAGGGUCUUGGAUGAUAGAGAAACACCAGAGUUUGCGGCCGCAGUUGCCACUCGAGAUCCUAAGGCUCGAUUCCAACGCGUUUGGAACUGCUGCAAGCAGAAGAGGCAAUGUAGCAACGAGAUCCCCAAAGACGAGAACCAGGAGUACGAACCCGGUAACAAGCCCAAGACCAUGGGUCACGGUGGUUGUGGCAACAUCCAACCUCAAGUUCGGCACUCUGCGCUCAGACUUACCGCUCAGACCGAGACGCGGGAUGAGAGCGGCGCCAAGGGUAAGGAACAGCGGAUCAUUACGCCUGAGAUGGCCCUCAACAUCCUGAAGCACAUCUCCGAUGAAGAUCUUCGGGAUAUGGGUUUGAACAAGGAUUACGCUCGUCCGGAAUGGAUGAUCAUCACUGUUCUCGCCGUCCCUCCGCCUCCGGUCCGCCCCAGUAUUUCGAUGGACGGAACUGGUCAGGGCCUCAGAAACGAGGAUGAUCUGACGUACAAGCUGGGAGAUAUCCUCCGUGCCAACAUUAAUGUCCGCCAAGCCAUUCAGGAAGGUUCCCCUGCUCACAUCGCUUCGGAGUUCGAGCAGCUCCUGCAGUACCAUGUUGCUACCUUGAUGGACAAUGACAUUGCUGGUCAACCUCAAGCUCUGCAGAAGAGCGGCAGGCCAGUCAAGUCAAUUCGAUCACGUCUUAAGGGAAAGGAUGGUCGACUCCGUGGAAACUUGAUGGGCAAACGUGUCGAUUUCUCUGCGCGUACAGUCAUCACUGGUGAUCCCAACAUAUCUCUCGAUGAAGUUGGUGUGCCCCGAAGUAUCGCGAGAACCUUGACGUAUCCCGAGACCGUCACGCCAUACAACAUUUCUCGGCUUCACAAGCUCGUGCAGAACGGCCCCAACGAGCAUCCGGGUGCCAAGUAUGUUGUUCGCUCAGACGGAACCAGAAUCGAUCUCCGACACCACAAGCGCGCUGGACAAAUCUCUUUGGAGUAUGGCUGGAAGGUCGAACGUCAUCUCCAAGACGGUGACUACAUCAUCUUCAACCGUCAGCCAUCUCUUCACAAAGAGUCCAUGAUGGGUCAUCGUGUCAAGGUGAUGCCUUAUUCUACGUUCCGACUGAACCUGUCGGUCACCUCUCCGUACAACGCAGAUUUCGACGGAGACGAGAUGAAUCUCCACGUACCGCAGACCGAGGAAACUCGUGCCGAAGUCCGCGAGCUGUGCAUGGUACCUCUCAACAUUGUUUCCCCGCAGCGAAAUGGUCCGUUGAUGGGUAUCGUUCAAGACACCCUCGCUGGUGUCUACAAGAUAUGUCGGCGCGACGUAUUCUUGACUAAGGAGGAAGUCAUGAACAUCAUGCUCUGGGUCCCGAACUGGGAUGGCAUCAUUCCUAAACCUGCCAUUUACAAACCCAGACCCCGGUGGACAGGAAAGCAGAUCGCCAGCCUGGUCAUCCCACGGGAGAUCAGCUCGUACGUUCCCGGCACGGGUAACCCAUGGUGCCCUCUCACGGACGAUGGCUACCUGAUCCAGUCGGGCCAACUCAUUUUUGGUCUGCUAACCAAGAAGAACGUUGGUGCCUCUUCUGGUGGUAUUAUUCAUCUCUGCUACAACGAGCUCGGUUCUGACGGUGCGAUGGCUUUCAUUAACGGAUGCCAGCGUGUCAUCAACUACUGGCUUCUUCACAAUGGUUUCAGUAUUGGUAUCGGAGACACAAUCCCUGACAAGAUUACCAUCGAGAAAGUACAGGAGAACAUCGACGAGCAGAAGAAUAUCGUCGCGGAUCUGACUGCCCAAGCCACUGCAAACCAGUUGGAUGCACUCCCGGGUAUGAACAUCAGAGAAACGUUUGAGAGCAAAGUCUCCAAGGCUCUGAACUCUGCCCGUGACAAGGCAGGUACUACGACAGAGAACAGUCUGAAGGACAUCAACAAUGCCGUGGUCAUGGCCAGGUCUGGUUCCAAGGGUUCAUCCAUCAACAUCUCCCAGAUGACUGCUUUGGUCGGUCAGCAGAUUGUCGAAGGAAAGCGUAUUCCCUUCGGCUUCAAGUACAGGACUCUGCCCCAUUUCUCCAAAGAUGAUUAUUCACCGGAGGCGCGUGGCUUUGUCGAGAACUCGUACUUGCGAGGGUUGACUCCUUCCGAGUUCUACUUCCACGCCAUGGCUGGUCGCGAAGGUCUCAUUGAUACCGCGGUCAAGACUGCCGAGACGGGUUACAUUCAGCGACGUCUCGUGAAAGCACUCGAAGACGUCAGCGCCAGAUACGACGGCACUGUUCGCAACUCCCUUGGCGAUAUCAUCCAGUUUGUCUACGGUGAAGAUGGUCUCGAUGGUAUGCACAUCGAGAAGCAAGACAUGGGACACUGGCUCCUGAAAACGGCCGACUUCGAAAAGGAUUACCGCCUGGAUGUUAUGGAGGACAUCCGCCCUGCCGACCUGAAGGCUCUGGAGUAUGCUCAGGACAUUACUGGUGAUCCGCAAACGCAAGAGCUGCUGGACGCCGAAUACGAGGCAAUCUGCCAAGAUCGCGCGUUUAUUCGCGAGAUCAAGAUGAACUCGGAGAAGCUAGAGUCGCAGUUUCAGCUUCCCUUGAAUAUCAACCGCAUGAUUGACACGACCAAGCGUCUACUCAAGGUUGAGGAGAAUAAGCGAAGCAGCCUUACGCCUCAGGAUGUCAUUCCCGUUGUGAAGCAGCUCCUAGAUGGAAUGGUUGUGGUUCAUGGCUCUGACGAAAUCUCGAAAGAAGCCGAUCUCAACUCCUCCCGUCUUUUCAAGGCGUUACUCCGCGCGCGACUUUCCUUCAAGAAGCUUGCAUGCCGUGACCGCCUGGAUAAGAUGGCUUUCCAGCACAUCAUCGGAGAGCUUGAAAGUCGCUGGCGCCGAUCAAUGGUCAGCCCCGGCGAAAUGGUGGGCGUGUUGGCCGCUCAAUCAAUCGGUGAGCCUGCCACGCAGAUGACACUGAACACUUUCCAUUUCACUGGUAUCGCUGCCAAGAAUGUCACGCUCGGUGUUCCACGUCUGAAGGAAAUUCUCAACGUGGCCAGCAAUAUCAAGACGCCAUCAAUGAUGGUGUAUUUGGAGAGGGGUGAGGGUUCCCAGGACCACGCGAAGAAGCUUCGGAGUGCGGUUGAACACACCAACCUACGUGAUGUCACAGCCGUCGCCGAGAUCUACUACGACCCCAACAUUGAGACGACCACUAUUCCGGAAGAUGUUGAUAUCGUGGAGUCGUAUUUCCUCUUACCAGACGAGACGCACGCGCCCGUUGAAAGACAGUCGCGAUGGUUACUUCGUUUCGUUCUUGACCGACAGAAGAUGUUGGACAAAGAACUGACGAUCGAAGACGUCGCUACGCGGCUCAAGGAAGACUAUGCUAACGACCUGGCACUCGUGUACAGUGACGACAACAGUCCACAGCAGGUGAUCCGUAUCCGUCCGAUGCCCGAAGAUAAGGAGGAUUCGGACAAAGGUAUGGAGGACGACGUGAUGCUCAAGCGGCUAUCGGAUCAUCUCCUUGAGAACUUGACACUACGUGGUGUCAAGGGUAUCGAUCGAGCUUUCAUGACCAAAGGCAACCGUGUUGCCGAGACUCGUGAAGGUGCCCUGGUCCAGACGAAGGAUGACCCUCUUUGUGAUGAGUGGUAUCUUGAUACGUCUGGUACAGCUCUACGUCAAGUCCUCUCAGUCCCCGGUGUGGAUUACCGGCGCACAAUCACCAACGACUUGUGGCAGACCGUCGAAGUCUUUGGUAUCGAAGCUGCUCGGAGUGCCCUCCUGAACGAGCUGCGACGAGUGCUGGCCUUCGACGGUUCGUAUGUCAACGAGCGUCAUCUGUCUCUCCUGGUUGACGUCAUGACAUAUCGAGGAAGCAUUGCUGCUGUUACCCGUCACGGUAUCAACAGAGCAGACACUGGUGCCCUGAUGCGAUGUUCGUUUGAGGAGACAGUCGAGAUUCUCCUGGAAGCUGCCGCCAUAGGUGAACUGGAUGACUGCAGAGGUAUCUCCGAGAACGUCAUGCUGGGCCAACUUGCCCCAAUGGGCACCGGACACUUCCAGGUCUUCUUGGAUCCGAAGAUGCUCGACACGGUCAUCUCCGACAACUCUAGGAUGGGUCUCAUGCCCGGCAUGACGGUCAAGGGUAACCAGGUUGAUGGUGCUGCGACACCGUACGAUACUGGCUCGCCCAUGGCAGACUCGGGUUACGGAAUGUCUCUCGCAUCGCCGUCCAUGGGUAUGGGUAACUUCUCGCCUAUUGUUGGAGCAGGCUCCGACACGCCGACAGGAUUUGGUACCGAGUAUGGCGGCUGGGGUAGUGCUAGUCCUUACGGGGGACGCAGUCCCGGAGCUACUAGCCCGUUCUCCGGUGGCACUUCGCCGACAUCACCUUUCGGCAGCUAUGGUGGUGGUAGCUACUCGCCAACAUCUCCAGGUGGUGGCUACUCGCCGACGUCUCCCAUGAUGGGUGGUGGUCGUUUCGCCAGUUCGCCGCACUUCAGCCCGACCUCGCCCUCAUUCUCUCCCAGUUCACCUGGGUUCCGAGGCCCGAGCCCCACGAGUCCCAGCUAUAGCCCGACGUCCCCGAGCUAUUCUCCCACGUCUCCGACGUCCCCGAGACACUACUCGCCAACGUCGCCAGCGAUGGGGUCGCCCACCUCGCCGAGCUACUCUCCUACGAGCCCGAACUACAGCCCCACCUCGCCCAAUCUCCAUGCGGGCGCUACUUCGCCUACGUACUCGCCUGUCUCGCCCAACUACUCCCCGACCUCUCCCGCUGCAUACUCACCGACGAGCCCGACUUACAGAGCGUCGGGAACUCAGCAGUCCCCAACGAGUCCUGGGUACUCACCGACAUCUCCCAAGUACGCUCCUGGAACUCCCCAUGGUGGUGCCUCUAGUUCUAAGUUCUCUCCUACCUCCCCCAAGAACGACUAG